AUGGUGGCGAUGCAGCAGCUGCUACUUCUGUUCUUGCUCUUGUUGCUGCACUUAAAGGCUUUGAUGAAUAAUUGGCGAAAUGAACCAGAAAGCUGGACAGGUUCAACCGAUCCCUGCACCUCCUGGGUUGGAAUUUCCUGUUCCAAUGGUCGGGUGACAGAAAUGAGAUUAGCAAGCAUGAAUCUGCAAGGUACAUUAAGCAAUGCCAUAGGCCAACUAUCUGCUUUGAAAUAUCUGGAUCUGUCUAACAACCAAAACCUCGGGGGUCCACUUACUCCAAAUAUUGGAAAUCUGAAGCAGCUCACCACUCUGGCACUAAACUCAAAUAACUUCACUGGUGGAAUUCCACCAACACUUGGCCUCCUUUCAAAUCUUUUCUGGUUGGACAUGUCAGCAAAUCAGUUGUCAGGACAAAUACCAGUUUCUCCAGGGUUGAAUCAACUUGUCAACACGAGGCAUUUCCACUUCAGUGAGAACCAGUUGACAGGCCCGAUGAGCGAAAGCCUUUUCAGUGACAAGAUGAACCUUAUACAUGUAUUAUUUGACAACAACCAAUUGACUGGUCCUAUCCCUGCUGAACUUGGUAGCAUCACUACCCUCCAGAUUCUCCGAUUAGACAAUAAUAAAUUCACAGGAGCAGUUCCAACCAAUAUCAGCAACCUAGUUGACCUAAAUGUACUGAAUUUUGCAGACAACCAGCUGCAUGGAACAAUGCCAGAUCUCAGUACCCUGACAAAACUUAAUGUGGUCGAUUUAAGCAACAAUUCAUUUGAUCCGUCUGCCAUACCAACCUGGAUGCUGACACUGGAAACACUUGCUUCAGUAGCAAUAGCUUCUGGAGGACUGCAUGGUCAGAUUCCCAACAGGAUCUUUACCUUGCCCAGACUGCAGCAAGUUAUUCUAAGCAAUAAUGCCUUCAACGGGACACUUGACAUGACUGGCAACAUCACUCAACAACUGCAGCAAGUCAAUUUGCUAAACAAUCGUAUAGUUGCAGCCAAUAUAACACAAAGCUACAACAGAACACUAGUACUUGUGGGAAAUCCUGUGUGCUUGGAUCCUGAUUUCUCCAGUAGCCGCUUUUGCAGUAUCCAGCAAGAUAGCGCUACAUCAUACACUACUAGUGUAACCCAUUGUGGUUCAACUUCUUGUUCCAGUGAUCAAAGUCUAGACCCUGCGAACUGUGGCUGUGCCUAUCCCUACAUGGGUAUGAUUUUCUUCAGGUCACCAUUGUUUGCAGACUUGAGAAACAAUGAGCACUUUCAGCUACUGGAAGCUAGCCUCUCAACAGAGCUGGGACUGCAACCUGGUUCAGUUUUCCUUUCUGAUAUCCACUUCACCAGUGAUAAUUACCUCCAAGUUCAAGUCAGACUAUUUCCAUCGAUCGGAACAUCCUUUAACUUGUCAGAAGUAACGAGGAUAGGCUCUGAUCUUAGCAAUCAAAAUUACAAGCCACCACAAGGUUUUGGACCUUAUUACUUUGUUGCAGAUCCAUAUGUCCACUUUGCAGGAGCAGCUGACGGUGGAAAAUCGCAAGUAAGCACAGGUGCUAUCGCUGGAAUUGCAGUAGCAUGUGGUCUUAUUCUGAUUGCUGUAACUUCUGGGGCAAUAUUUUCUUUAUUACAAAAGAGAAGAACUAGGGAAUUAUCAGGACGAACAAAUCCUUUCGAGAACAAUGAAAUAGGAUCAGGAAGUUAUGGAAAGGUUUACAAGGCAGUACUGGUAGAUGGAACAAAUGUGGCAAUAAAACGAGCAGAGUAUGGAUCAAAGCAAGGUGCAGUGGAGUUCAAAAAUGAGAUUGAGUUGCUAUCCAGAGUCCACCACAAGAACCUGGUAAGUCUGACAGGAUUUUGCUAUGAACAAGGGGAGCAGAUGCUGGUAUAUGAAUAUGUCUCCAAUGGGACAUUAAGACAGAAUUUACAAGCUAGAGGAAUUUACCUGGAUUGGAAGAAGAGGCUCAGGAUUGCUCUAGGAUCGGCAAGAGGACUAGCAUAUCUUCAUGAGCUCGCCGAUCCACCUAUUAUUCACAGAGAUGUCAAGUCCACAAAUAUCCUUUUGGAUGAAAACUUUAAACCAAAAGUUGCUGAUUUUGGUCUGUCAAAGUUAGUUGCAGACACUGAAAAAGGCCACAUUUCCACUCAAGUCAAAGGAACAUUGGGCUAUUUGGACCCAGAGUAUUACAUGACACAACAGCUCUCAGAGAAGAGCGACGUGUACAGCUUCGGUGUCGUCAUGCUAGAGAUACUGAGUGGCAGGCUGCCUAUAUCAAAUGGAAGAUAUAUCGUCCGGGAAUUCAGGAUGGCCAUAAACCCCAAUGACCACGACUACUAUGGCCUGCAAGGCAUCGUGGAUCCAGCCAUCCACGAUGCCGCACAUACUGCGCGGUUCAGGAGGUUCGUGCAGCUGGCCAUGGAGUGCGUUGACGAAUCAGCCUCACGGCGGCCCACCAUGAACUCUGUGGUGAAGGAGAUUGAGACGAUGCUGCACAGCGAGGGGCUGAGCUCGGGCAGCUCAUCCACCGUGGAGUUUGAGCACGUGGGGACCGCCUCCACCUCGCACCCGCACAGUGGAGAGGUGGUCACGGCCCACUAG